GUCCGUUAGUAAAGCCGUCCGUGGGGAAACACGUUCGCGCUGUCAGCUGUCAUGGAUUGACUGAAGCGUGAGGGAAACCAGCGUGGUGCGUGGCAACGUGAAAGAAGUUCAGACACGUUCAGGUUAUGUGCUUUACUUACAUUCGGAGGAGGUAAAUGAACCGUCGUUGCUGAUAUUCAGCCUGAGACAAGUAACUAACAACGUUGACGAGAAGUUAGCUGAUUAGCCUAAUGCUGCCGCGGCGCUCACCUCUGCCCUCGUUUAAUAACUAGCUACGAUCUCUAGAACACAGUAAUUAAACCAUGGCCGCGCUUAUAAACUUCACCAACCAAAGUCAAGGAAGAGACCGCAUAUUCAGAGCAACCCAGUAUGCGUGCGCCCUGUCGGUGUAUUUACUCCGAAACAAGGAAAGACCGGACCUCGUGGAGAAACUUAAAAGCCUGGAAGUCAGCAUGAGCACUGGACGAAAAUUGUUCAGACUGGGAAACACAAUAAAUUCCAUUGAGGCUGCUAAGCGAACCAUGCAACUCUCUGACCGAGUGCUGUGCCUGUGCCUCACUGUGGCCAACAUCAACCGGGCGCUCUACUUUGCCUGUGACAAUGUGCUUUGGGCCAGAAGUGUUGGCCUAAUCCGUGAUAUCAACAAGGAACGUUGGAGCCUAAAUGCCUCUCGCUGCUACUUCCUUUCGAUAGUUAUGAGCUUGACCAGAGAUGUUUACAUAGUCUCCCAGUUAAUGGUGCAGAAAGUAAGAGAUAAACGCUUUAGACAGAAAAUGGAUCAGCAUCUCAGCGAGAGUCCAGAAAUAGCUGAACCUAUCAUUCCUCAGCUGGAUGCUUUUCUCUUCCUACUAUUGGAGAGCCUAAGAUCACAGCCGGCUGUUGCCUUGGAUACACUAAAAAACAUUUGUGAUCUUUUUAUUCCCUUAGACAAAUUGGGACUAUACCAGUCAAAUGCUGGAGUGGUGGGAUUCUGUGGCCUGGUGUCCUCAGUGAUUGGUAUUUUAACCCUUGCACAACCCAAGUUGCGAAUCACACCAUGAUAAUGAGGGAUGAGGUAACCCUUAAUGAUUAGCUACAGUUAAAAUGAGUCAUGACGGGUUUAUGAAAUGAUUUUGGAGCUGGAGCUGUAAUAGCGGACUCAGGUUAAUCUGGUGCCAGAAGAGAUUAGGAUCGCAUCAAAGGCACAUUUUAUAACACGGGUGUUAUUACAGCUCGAGCCAACAACAUGAAAGACGUUGUACACAUCCACAAACACUGGAUUUGGCUAUUUUGUAAUAGGUUAACAAUUUAUUUUUGAAAUCCAGAGGAAAACCUAUACAUUCCUGUUCUCCAUCACUACAAACAAUAGUUUAGAAUAUAUUUUUCUGAGUUUAGCAUUUACUUUUGCAUCAAUUCUUAGUUUGUAAGAUGUUUUCCAGGGUGGUGUCACUUCUCAUGAUAGAUUUAAGCUGCUUAUUGUCAUACCUCUUAGAUCUAAGUCAAGAAUAAACUUCUGAUCUAAACAUGCUUAUAGAGGGAAAACACUGUUAAGGACUUACAGGGAAUUAUGUGAUCUCUUAUGUAUUUUCAUAAUGUCAUUCAAGGUACUGAACUUUGGCUGUUAGACAGUCAAUAGCACAGAAAUGAUCAGGUACACAAAUGAAAACAACUAUGCAAUUUAUUUAGCUGUUUAAUGAGAUAUUGUGUAUAAAUUUACACUAUUUGUGUGUUAAGCAAUAUAUGAACCUAUGCAUAAAUAUGAGACGAUUAAAAUGUACAAGUUUAGAAGAAAGCACCAACCUUAUGAAUUAUCACGGGUCAGAUGGUUAAAAUGCUCCUACUGUUGCAUUUGAUUAGAAGGGUAAUAAAACACUGUAAUGAACCAAUAUAUGAGAUGUAA